AUGCUCUUUGAAUUAGCUAUCGCGUAUGUUCUCACCCCUAUUAAUGGAACUAUUUAUUAUCGAUCUCCUCCGGAAGACUUCGAAUUUUCAAACACAUUCGUCAAGGAGAAAAACCUAAAGUAUAUGAUUGACAAAUGA